AUGGGUCGGAGAAAGAUUGAGAUCAAGGCCAUCAAGGAUGAUCGCAACCGUUCGGUUACCUUCUUGAAGAGAAAGGGCGGCCUUUUCAAAAAGGCUCAUGAGCUUGCUGUUCUUUGCUCCGUUGAUGUUGCCGUCAUUAUCUUCGGCCACAACAAGAAAUUAUACGAGUACUCCUCAAGUGACAUGCACGAGGCCCUGGGUCGCUAUCAAUAUUUUGGCCCUCCCCACGAGCACAAAGGACCGGAUGAUUUCUCAGGCAAGCGAGAUGAUGAUGAUGAGGAUGAUGAAGGCACCCCAGCCCCAGAAGAAAUCCAGGCUCAUCAGAGCCACCCCUCUAUGCCCCCUCACCUGCAACAUCAGCCUGGCUUCCAGCACAUCAAUCACGCUCCUUCGGCGUCUCCCCCGAUUCCCAAUGGCCUGCCUAUAACGCGACACGGCACGCCGCAAUUGCAAAAUGCGUCUCGUCCCUCUUCCCGGAACCACAUUCGUCGUGUGAGCUCGAACCUGGGCCCGCAGCAGCAUGGUACACCACCACCUCCGCCGCCCCCGCAAAAUGGCUUCGCCUAUAUGCCCAACCCAUCCAUGUACAACCCGAACGUCCAUUCGGCAAUGGGCCAGCCGCCUCGGCCAGGGCAAUUCUCGCACUACGGUCAUCCACCUGCUCCACAGGGCACUCCACCCCAGCCAAUGCAUCAUAGCCUGCCGCCUCAGCCGAUCCCGCCUCAGCACCAGGGUCCAUCGCAUUUGCCGUCACAGCCGCCCAUCGGGAUGCCACCGGGCUCACAUGCGCCAGUGCCGCAGGUCACGCAGGCUUAUAUGCCUGAGCCAAGCCGGAGCUCGAUUCCUCCGGGCUUUGCCGCGGAUGCCCAGCAGGAGCGCACAGUGUCCAUUUCAGAAAGCUCGCAGGAUAAUCCUGGGCAGACACUGAAACCAAGCAAUCAGUCGCCGCCGCAGCCCAAGUCCCUAUCCUCAAAAUCUCGUAGUAUCUUCACGCCAAUCGACGACCGGGGGUCUGUACUUGCCCGCCACUUCGGAGCAGGCCCGGUGUAUGAAUCCCCGCGCGGCGAUCCCGCUCUCAAGCCCGAAGCACCACAAGAGGAUUCACCCGAUUCCCGGAUAGCGCCAAUCCGAGCUGCCACGGAGGUUCCGCGUACACACUCGAUCUCAUCUGCAUCGGACAUCAAACCCCCCUCCCGGACCAAUAGCGGCCCCUUGGGGUCUAAGCGGCCGCAACUGAAGGUCCAAAUUCCGAGCGAAAGCUCUGACCGUGGCAGUGCAACAGCCGAGUCAUCGUCGCGCGAUUCCGCCGGCAACAAGACGGCUACUCCCGCAAAAGGGAGUGCGGACAAUCCUCCAUCGGGUGUCGUUCUUCCCCCUCCGUCGCCCUCUGCUGGGGCAAUUCCAAGUGCGGGGGCUUCGGGUCCCCCAAAUCCAUUCGCACGCCCACCCCCUCCGGCAACUGCCGCACAGAACAACGCCUAUGGUGGGAACAGUGGUACCAACAACACCAGUAGCAGCAAUGUCGCUACUUCCAACGCCACCACCAACAACAUUGAAACCCCUAUAUCUGCUCUGCCGAGUCGUUUCGUGUCUGACGCGCUGCUCCCAUCUCCAUCCAGCUUCUUUCCAGAAUGGGGCUUCGGCCGUUCUGGUCCCGAUUCAGCCAUGUUGCCCAGUCCCUUGACAUUCCCGACUCCGGCGGUGCAAAGUGGACCUAGCUUCUCUCGCGAUGACGAGCAGGAAAAGAAACGCAAGAGUCCGGACAGUGGUCCACAUGCCGAGGGUGCAAGUAAAAAGCCAAAAACAUGA